UGGUGUUAAUCUCUGGCUCAUUGUAAAUCCGAUUAGUUUCUUCGAUGGAUUGUCUUGAAUACUUAAUGCCUGUUUCACAUGAGACAAAAAUUUUACACAGAUUUCCGAAGAUAUUCAUAUUGAAAUUUGGUUGUCUUCUCACAAGCAAAUUCAAAAUUUGCCGAAAGUCUGUACAGUCAAACUGUGUUCUCUUCGGUGCAAUGCGUGCCUUCACAUGUAUUGUAGCAGGGAACACUUGCUAAUUUUUUCCUAGCAUAUGUCCAACGUAACAUUUUGUCUUGUGAAUGGGGUAUUAGCUAGUAUACCGUAGUUCCUUGGGUGUAAUUUCACCUUGGGUAUAAGCCCAGCCCCUACUUGACGCCCACUUUUAUUUACCUGACUUUCCUAGGGCAAAAGCCAGUGGCAUAACGAUGGGACCAGAGGCCCUGUGGCUUUCUGAUACCGAAGGCCUCCCCCCUUUGAUAUGGGUCCCAGUCCCCAAUUCCUUUGUAUAAUUUUAGAUAUGCUCAGUUUUUAAUCAAAUGUUUUUAAUGAUGAAAUAAAUGAUAUGAUAUCAGUGGCAGCUCCAGGGAGGAACUUUUACAGAUGGAUGGUCUUUACCACCUCCGACAUAAAAUUUGUAUAUAAUUUUCUUCUUAUCUCCAUUUUUUUCAAAUGUUAACACUAAGUGGGGCACUGGGCCGGAUAUAAUAUGAUAUAUGUCCUACAGUCGAUGUCAGAGACACAUCAUCAUUGUUUGGGUCAGGGUGCUAGAUCGAGGACCCUAUGGGUAGGGCCCCUAGGGACCAGGACCCCACAGAUUGCCGCACGAGAGCGCAUAGGCGUUAUGCCACUCGCAAAAGACUAGGAUAUAAUUUGAAUGAGGAGCUCAGCUGACUUUUACAAAUUAAAAAAAGAAAAUGACUUUGAAUUAAUGCAGAGCUAAAAAAAUUUCCUUUUGAUUGAAAAGGGGAUUCUCCGCUAUAAAGCCACCCCACAAAGGUCAGCCCAAUUCAAAGUGGGUGGGCUAUAACUGGAGGAACUAAGUAUUAACUAAGUUUUGUAUACAUAGCUUAUUUUUGUAAUGUAUGUUAAACCUAGGCAUGAAAGUGAUAUGUAUUUUAUACGAACCAACAUGUUGGAAAUUGAAAAAGUAGGGUAUAUUCUGGUGUCAUUGUUCUAUGUGUAUAAGACUUUUCGCAGCCUGAAACAGAAGUACGCGGUCAAAGGUUACUGGAGAUAAACAUACCCCAAAACACGCGAUACGAUGUGUUUUGUUUUAGUGAAUCGAAGAUUAUCUCAACUUUAUUUGUCUUGUGAGAUUCACAAAUACAUUAAAAACAUCAUUUCAUAUGGAUGGUAGUACAUCUAGUAUCACUUGGGAUGAACUACAAUUGUGGAAAGUUCCUGCAUUAAAAGACUAUUUGCGAUUGAGGGGACUGAAAACUUCAGGAAGAAAAAUCAAACUCCAGGCCCUUGUGUAUAGUGCUGCACAGCUUAACUAUGCGGUCAAACAGGAUGAAGUGGGCGAAGAAAGAUCACGAUGUCUUCAAUAAUCUGAACUACUAUACGUAGAUGGUAAAAAACUACCGGAUCCACUUCAUGAAUUAAAAGAUGUGUGGGUAAGUGAAAAAGAAGGGGUGAUUUUUUCGCCCCCUGUAAUCUAUUUUGAGAUAGGAGAUUGAGGCACCUUGUGUUAGUGAACCGACCAAGAGGAAACUGAAAACACCUUCACUUGAAAAUAUACUGUUAUCGGACUACAAAGAAGGGAAAGCAUAUAGCUAUUUCGAUAGUAAAUGGUUUCAUGAAAUAUUUUAUCAUAAUAUUUCGGACGACAGCGUAUCUGCUUUGUUAAGGCACAAUGUACACCAUCACAGGCAAUCAAGAAUACAUCACAUUCUGUAUGGGUUGCUCUGGAAAAAAAGACGCGGAAAAUAUGCAGUGCAUAUUGUAGCUGUUUUGCAGGGUGAGUGUAAAUACAAUAUUCUUGUUAGGUUAUUAUUUCUAUAUUAAAAAAAAAAAAACAUAUAAAUUAUAUUUGUGAAUUAACUAUGUAAACUUGAUGUUAGAUUUGUAAAUAUUUGAAUUUAAAUGCUGUGUAAUCUAUAUUUCUUUUUAGACUUGGUUCUUCAUGUAACCAUGUUGUAGCCGUGAUCUUCAAGCUGGAUCAUGCUUUUAUGACUUGUGUUUCCAAGAACCAAGUACCAUGCACAUCAAAAACUUGCAGUUGGAAUGUCUACAGAGGGGCAAAAAGGAUGAAAAUAAUUGAAGGGAAACCAGUGUCUGACAUGCAAUGGGCAAAGCCGCAAUGGGCAAAGCCAAACUACUAUAAACAGGGAAAUCAGCAGCCAAUUAAUACAGAAUCACGAAAGCUUUUUAACCCAAUGAAGAAUUCAAGACAAAUGCCUACAGCGCAGGGGAUAGUUGAUGCUCUUUUUCCCAGCUGCAGCAAUUCAACUAUAUGGAAAUAUUUGUCCACAACAGCCAUGAAUUAUAACCCUCAGGAGGAUUUUAAUGUAGGAAUUGAAGUGGAGGUAGAAACAUCGCAUGACAUAGCAGUUCCAAAGAGUCUACAACUACUUGCAGCCAAUUUUCAGUCACCUGAAAAUUUUAUCAAUAACUUGCCCACAUACUCUCAUGAAGAAAUUAUGGCCAUUGAAAAAGUAACUCGGGGACAAUCAGAGAAUGUUGAAUGGGCAAAAUAUAGAACUGGACGUAUUACUGCUUCCAAUUUGAAAUCUGUGGUUACUAGAAAUAAGACUCUCCAUAGUAAUACACAUUUAAGUAAAGAUUCCAUCCCAAUUUUUAAAAAAAUUAUGGGAUAUACCCACAUUGACCCAAACCUACCAAAUCUUAAAUAUGGGAGGAUUACUGAACCAAUAGCACGAUCAUUGUAUGAAAAAAUUUUGAAAGGAAAAGGACAUGUGAAUAUUGAAGUCUCAGAAUGUGGGUUGUUUGUACAUCCAAAAAAGAUAUUUAUGGGGGCUUCCCCAGAUGCAUGUUGUGGAAAGGGACUACUGGAAAUAAAGUGUUCACGUACAAUAGCACUUGAUCAACCCACGGAAGAAAACAUGGAGGCAUUGUAUGUAACUACAAAUGAAAAACUUAAACCAAAUCAUCAAUACUAUUAUCAAAUUCAAGCACAAAUGGGCAUAACUAAAAGAAACUGGUGCAAUUUUUUUUAUAUAUACCAAGGGGGGAUACUUUUUGCAGCGUAUUGAAUACAACCAUGAGGUGUGGA